CAGCAUUCCCAGGUGUCCCCAUUCGGUGAUCAGGACUCAACACAGAGACUCACCAUGGAGUCUGGGCUCAGCUGGGUUUUCCUUGUUGCUCUGUUACAAGGUGUCCAGUGUGAGGUGCAGCUGGUGGAGUCUGGGGGAGGCUUGGUCCAGCCUGGGGGGUCCCUGCGACUCUCCUGUGUAGCCUCCGGGUUCACCUUCAGCAGCUACGUGAUGUACUGGUUCCGCCAGUCUCCAGGGAAGGGGCUGGAGUGGGUCUCAAGAAUUAGUAGCAGUGGUGGUAGCACAAGCUACGCAGACGCCCUGAAGGGCCGGAUCACCAUCUCCAGAGACAACAGCAAGAACACGCUGUCUCUGCAAAUGAACAGUCUGAGAGCCGAGGACACGGCCGUGUACUACUGUGCGAUAUACACAGUGAGGGGACAUCAGUGUGAGCCCAGACACAAACCUGCUCUGGGGGCUCGUGGCCGCCGGGUGGCGCGCAUUGCACAAGGAGCAGAGUCAGCCCAGGGCAGCGCCUGGCACUUCCUCUGCCCCGGUGACCCAGUGGGCAUGUCUGGGGCUGUGGCUGGGCAGCGGUUGCCCGUGGCCACCAGCACCCGAACCUGUGGCUCCGUGAGCUCCGCAGAGAGAGCCGGCGGCUCACCCCCGGGACCGGGUCUGAUGAGACACUCGGGCUGCCUGGUGGCCCCGGGUGCAGCCCCAGCCCCGGCAGGACAGGAGCAGGGUGGGGGCCGCAGGGGCCCUGAGGACACGGUGCUGUGA